CUCGGCUACCUAGCCAAUCCAAAUUUUGCAAGCCCUAAGGCCCGAAAGUGCACGCAAAAAAUAGUCCAAUCUCAACCUCGCCUCACCCACUUACCACGACACGCCCUCUCGAAACGGGCGACCGAGUUGACCGUCCAGUCGGAGCGAGCUUUCCAGAAGCAGCCUCACAUCUUCGCGAACUCGAAGGUCCGAACAAAGACCUCCCGACCUGGAAAGGGUGGCCGACGAUGGUACAAGGAGGUCGGUCUGGGUUUCCGUACCCCCAAGACCGCCAUUGAGGGCACCUACAUCGACAAGAAGUGCCCCUUCACCGGCCUCGUCUCCAUCCGUGGCCGUAUCCUGACCGGCACCGUCGUUUCCACCAAGAUGCACCGAACCGUCAUCAUCCGAAGAGAGUACCUUCACUUCAUCCCGAAGUACUCCCGUUACGAGAAGCGCCACAAGAACCUCGCUGCCCACGUCUCUCCCGCCUUCCGUGUUGAGGAGGGUGACCAGGUUACCGUUGGCCAGUGCCGUCCCCUCAGCAAGACUGUCCGCUUCAACGUCCUGCGCGUGCUGCCCCGAACUGGCAAGCAGGUCAAGAAGUUCAGCAAGUUCUAA